UGUAAAGAGCUAUUUUCUUCGGAUUGUGUAUAUUACGCCUUCGAAUUUACCGCUAAAUAUCACGUGAUAUUACGUGGCUAUUUCUAUCAUGGCAACAGCGCAUGCAACGUUGCCUUUUCAUCUAAAGAUUAUGCCGCUCUUCUUGACUCCACCCUCCACGUCGAACGUUUCAUCGUCCAUUUCUUUCCGGCGUUUCAACGAGAAAGGUUCAACGUGUCCUCAAUCUUGAAAAGAAUGAGCGAAUAUGUCGAAAAUGCUGAAUCGAAUGUGGGCCACGUGGCAAAGCGUCUCACGCCGGAGGAAAUCGAUAGAAUGCGGGCGCAGGAUUCUCGCUUGGUGACCGAAUUUCGCGCGAAUCAGCUUGAGAGAGACGCGAAAAAGCACUGGGAUUUGUUUUACAAGCGGAACGAUACCAGAUUCUUCAAAGAUAGACACUGGACCACGCGGGAAUUUGAUGAGUUGCUGGGUUUGGGCGGCAACGGAAAUCAAAAUGUCCUCCUUGAGGUGGGCUGCGGGGUCGGCAAUUUCGUUUAUCCGUUGAUAGAGGACGGAUUGAACUUUCGGAGAAUAUUUGCAUGCGAUUUAUCCACGAGGGCAAUCGAGUUGUUGAAGAGUCAUACGUUAUUUGAUCUGGGAACAAUGAAAGCUUUUCAAGCGGAUGUUACAUUAGAAAAUUGUUUUGCUGAAAUUGAUUGUCCAGUUGAUGUUGCAACUCUGAUCUUUGUAUUAUCAGCCAUUCAUCCUAAUAAAUUUCACAAAGUUGUCCAAAAUAUAUACAAUGUUCUUGGUAGUGGAGGAAUCUUGCUCUUUAGAGAUUAUGGAUUGUACGAUAUGGCACAAUUACGUUUUAAACCUGGAAACAAGAUCAGUGAGAAUCUCUAUAUGCGGCAAGAUGGAACCAGGAGUUAUUAUUUCUCUAUAGAACAAAUAGCAUGUCUAUUUGAAUCUGUCGGUUUUCAAACAUUGGAUUGUGACUACAUACAGAGACGUACAGUAAAUUUAAAGGAGAACAUUGAUGUUCCGAGAAUCUUUGUUCAGGCAAAAUUUAAGAAACCGUGAAUAUGUAAUAAUGAAAUGGUACUGCAGUUCAGCAGCACUUACGAUAAACUGCAGAGAAAAGUUUAAUUCUUUGGUAGAAACAUGGAAGUGACGCAGUCCAUAUCCAAGAUGUCUCAUACGACAAGUUGAAAAAAAGGAAUGCUUUCUCAUUCAACAUACUUUAUCCCAAAGAUAUUCCUGUGAAUGUUCUCAGGAUGUUCAGAAUAUCCGUUGGACAUUUGUGCUAUAUGGGUUUUUAAAUACGUG